CCUCAACUGCAUUCCACCACCAUGCACGGAUUACUGAGACGAUCCGUGCAACACAGCUUCUCUAGAUAUCGUUGUCUCGCGUCCGUGGCAGCCCCCCCUCGACCCCGACGAGCGCCAAAGGAAGAAGGGUCCAUCGCUGCGAUCUUUACGUCGCUCACUGGGGAAGAACAUAACGUCUUACCGGAGCGGUUCAUGAGUUUGAAGAGGGAUAUCUUCCAUGAGGGGUUAGUUGAGAAUUGGAGAGACGUGCUUGAUGAGCUUGAUCCUGCGGUUGAGGAGAUUUCAACUCUCGGUUCGGAUAUUGUUCCCAGAGUUUCUUAUCGCGAUAUUGAGAAAGGAUUGUCUAAAGAGCAAAUUUCUAGGAUUAGAAGGGUGGGGACGGUUGUAAUUACUGAUGGUGUACCCAAGGAGGAAGCGCUUCGCUGGAAGCAAGAAAUUAAAGACUACGCAGCGAGAAACGCUGGUCACGUCAAGGGCUUCCCCCCAGAAAACAUCCAAAUCUUCGAAAUCUACAACUCCAAACCCCAAAUCCAAGCACGAACUCAUCCCUCCAUCCUCUCCACCCACCGCUUCCUCCUCUCCCUCUGGCAUAUAUCCAACCCCAACACCCCCAUAAGCCUCGACACACCCCUAUCCUACUUUGACAGACUCCGGAUCCGCCAGCCGGGGGAUGCCAAGUUUACGUUGGGGCCUCAUGUUGAUGGUGGGAGUGUUGAGCGGUGGGAGGACCCAGGGUACCGGGAGGUGUGGAGGAGGAUAUUGGGGGGUGGGGGUGUGUGGAGGAGUCAUGAUCCUUUUGAUGCGUCGGGGAGGGUUGAGGCCAAGUUGGAUUUGUAUCAUGCAUCCAACGCAUGCUCCGUCUUUCGAGCCUGGCAAGGAUGGACGUCGCUCUCCAGCACAGGUCCCAACGAAGGGACACUCCGCGUCCUACCCAUGCUCUCCCUCUCUACUGCAUACACCAUCCUUCGUCCCUUCUUCCGUCCCAAGAAUUCACAUUCCACGUCUCUCAAGUUCGAGGAUUGGGAAGUCGACCUUGACGGACCGAGGUUUCCUGGGAGCAGUAUUGGGAAGACGCAGGAAUUGAAUGAGCGGACUCACCCGCAUUUGAAGUUGGGGAGGACGAUGGUUAGUGUGCCGAGGGUUGAGCCGGGGGAUCAGGUUUAUUGGCACUGUGAUGUCGUUCAUGCUGUGGAGGCGCAACAUAGGGGAUUGGGCGACUCUUCGGUUUUGUAUAUUCCUGCUGUGCCGCUGACGAUUCACAACGCGAGUUACCUCAGAGAUCAGCGACUGAACUUUCUUUCAGGCCAUCCACCCCCAGAUUUCCCUGGCGGCGAAGGGGAGUCUAAAUUCAUCGGAAGGGGUGCCCUCGCGGAUGUCAGCUCUCCUGAAGGUUGUAGGACGUUCGGGUUUGAGGAGUUCACGACCAAUGAGGGUGGUUUGAAGGCGGAGUUUGUUGAGAGAGCUAAUAGGGCGCUCGCGCUUGAGUAGAUAAUUCCUUAGGCUCCCUGAGUGUCUCGUCCAUUUCUAUGCCUUUAAACACCCACUUUCCCCUCG